AACUUAUAUUAUAAACCCGCUUUCCCUCUGCCUCAACUCUCAACCAAGAGAGAGAGAGAGAGAGAGAUGGCAUCAUAUCAGAGCAUGUUAUUAUCAGUUUUUUUGUUAAUUGUAAUUCUAGUUUCAUCGGAGCCAAAAGUAUCCGAAUCAGCUAGAAUUUUCACUCUAAUAAACGAUUGCAAGGAGACAAUUUGGCCUGCAAUCACCCCAGGAGAGAACUUCAAUGGUGGUGGUUUUGCAUUAAAAUCAGGUCAAUCUAUUGUGUUAACUGCCCCAGUUGGCUGGAGCGGUCGAAUUUGGGGUCGAACUGGUUGCAACUUCGAUAAGAAUGGCAAUGGGAUGUGUCAAACCGGUAGAUGUGGUACAUCCCUCAAGUGCACGGCCUUCGGUGAACCCCCUGCUACGUUUGCCGAAUUUACCCUCGCCACACUUGAUUUUUACGAUGUUAGCCUUGUCGAUGGCUUCAACAUACCGUUGGCAGUGAAAACCAUUAAUGGAAAGGGAAACUGCACCACUACAGGAUGUGACGCGGACUUGAGGCCUACUUGUCCACCGGAGCUCGCCGUUAAGGCCAAUGGGAAGACUAUAGCGUGUCGGAGCGCGUGCGAAGUGUUCGAAACUGAUGAGUAUUGUUGUAGGGGUGAACCUACAUAUUACUCGAAGAAAUUCAAGGCAGCAUGCCCUACGGCUUAUAGCUAUGCUUAUGAUGAUCCUACUAGUAUUUUUACAUGCUCAGCAGCAGAUUAUAUUGUCACAUUUUGCUCAUUCAGGAACCAAACUGUGCACAUAUCACAACCCGCAAGCUCAUUUGCAGUGGAUCAAACGGCUUUAAAUCGUUGAUCUGAAAAUGGUGGUACUUGAUGCUUGGAUUGCCACUGAUUAUUCACUUUUGGAUGACUAUUCAGCAGAAGCUCCUAAGGUCUUUUGCUUUUAUUUUUUGCUUUUUGUAAAUAUAAUUUUUUUUAAAGGUUUAUUUAUUUAUUUAUUUCGGAAGGGGCCUUCUGUUUAACAGCAUCAGUGCUCCAAAUGAUUGUACAUAUGAAUCUGAUUAUUUAACUUUGUUUUUGUUCAAAAUUGAUCAAUUACAAUUACUA